AUGGGAGAGAGGAGAGGAAUUGGUCCAGGGACCGUGACAGAGCGAGAAGUCAGCCGCAGGGACCCAGGUAGCAAUGCUUGUGGACGCUUUCCAGUGACUACAAGAUUGGCAACCAUCUGUUUUACUACUCACCAUGUGAUUGGCCUCUCAGGAAGAGCUCUCUGGUUACGUCCAUCCAAUAUACCACCAAAGGUACACUCUGUCAAAUGGAAGGUGCAGUUGUCCUCAGAUCCAAAAUGUUAUGUGAUACUGUCUUGGAAGAAUAAUGACAGCAUUGACUAUGAAUCUUGGGUUAAGAAGUAUUUCAACAAUCGACUCAUUUUUAUGAGCAAAGACUUGGCUCUUUCCAUCAAUGCAUCUCAGCAGCAGGACAGUGGCUUCUACUUCCUGGAGGUCACUGAAGAGUCUGGGAUAUUAUGCAAAAUGAAGUUCCAAGUUUCUGUAUAUGAUCACGUUGAAAAGCCCCGCUUGCAGGAGCAGAGGAAGACCCUGGACAGUGGAAUGUGCCAAAUAGCUCUGUCCUGCUUGGUCUCCAAGGGUGAGAAUGUGACCUAUGCUUGGUACAGAGGGAGCAAGCUGAUCCAGACAUCAAGGAACCUCACCCAUCUGGUGGAGCAGAUCCAUGCCAACAGCUCAUACACUUACACCUGCAACGUCAGCAACCUUGUCAGCUGGAAAAGCGAUACCUUCAACCUCACCCAGGGAUGUCUGAGUGCCCAUCAGAGAUUCGAAUUUCUGCACCUUAUGGUGAUCAUUGUGAUUCUGCUAGUCAUACUAUUCCUUGGCACCCUCACCUGCUUUUGUGUGUGGAGGAGGAAAAUGAAGCAACCACGUAAGUGGAAGGUUUCCCUGGAGGAAUGUCUGACAAUUUAUGAAGAGAUCAACAAUCUGCAAAGCAGGAGAAAUCAAGAGCAGAGGCAGAAUCCCCCAAGAGAAAGCAACACCAUUUACUCCAGGAUCCAGCCUCAGUUCAAGUCCAAGAAGAGGAACCACAGUUCUUCCUUCAAGAACACCAUCUACGAAGUGGUUGAAGACAACCCAAAGCCCACAACCCUGCUCGACAGACCUUAA